GUUCCAUGGCAAAUGUUUGCGGAAGUGGAAGCUUGAACAAAUAACAGUUCAAUUAAUAAUCUCUGUUGUAUGCGAGAUACACUCAAUUUUUUCAAUGAUCUCGUUAUUUGCGUCGUUGGUUUACAAUGAAUGUGUCAAAAAUCAGCAACACACAUUGACGAGUAUUUAGUUAUUUAUUCUGCCCUCCCCUCCCAAAACAACUGGAAACGUGUGAGCUGUCCUACUACGUCGUCAGCUGAGACAGGCGACAUGGCGACUUCAGCGGGCUUCAAGGUUCUAUAUGAGCAUGAUGGAGUUUUUAUACACACCAACCCAGAAAGUAGUGAGGAGCAGGAUUCUCUGACUUCGGGAUCCCUGCGUGUCCUGGACCAGGAUGGAGACAUAGUGCUGGAAUAUAAACCCGUGGAACAUGUUGACCACUCUGCCAUGCUGUGUGCUGCCAAGGAGUCGAGCUCUGUGUUUGAAUGGGGACAGCGGCACCAGGGUCCAAGCCAAGACCCAGGAGACAAGCCUACCAGGCAGGUGGAGCACCAGCUGGGCUAUGAGACAGAAUGGGACAUGGUUCACACUGUUCAGUUCAGGAAGAAACCCAGCAACAAUGAAGGUGCUCCUCCUCAACCCGCUCCCAUCCCAGAGAAGAGUAAGGGUUCCCGGCUGUUGUUCCAUCUCAGUGACCUGGCCUCGGUCAGGGUGAAGGAGGAGGGCUGGUCCUACCUGGUGUUCACCCUCAGAGACAGCAACAUGGGGGUUGAGCUGCCUGCCCUACACUUUCACCAGGGAGGUAGUGAAGUCUUCCUGGACUGUCUCAGGAAGUACAUGCUGCUGACAGAGUCUACCACAGAUGCCUCCCUCCUCCAGGUCAGCCCCCACAGCAGAGCUCUGUCCCAGUCCUUUGAGAACCUGCUAGAUGAUGCCACCUUCGGACUUAUUACGAAGUUUUCCCAGGACCCAGUCACCACUACGCUGGGUGGUUUCUCCAAGGUGACCAACUACCUGUUUGACGCGUUCCGGGGUCCAGACACGGUGCUACUGAAGCAGAGGCCUGUCGGGGAGGUGGCUGACCUGCUGAAUGAGACCAUACCUGGUCUGGACAUCAACCAGCUGGAGGAACCAGGCUUUGAGGUUAUCACCAGGAUUGAUCUUGGCGUGCUGCCAGAGGUCCGGCGUAGGGAGCCUGUUGGGGCGAAGGAGUGGAACACCAACAUGGACCCUGAGGGACGCAUGAGGAACAUCUCACACCUCAAACAGACCAUUUUCAAAGGGGGUCUGUGUCACGUGUUGAGGAAGGAGGGAUGGAAGUUUCUGCUGGGCUACUUCCCCUGGGAGAGCACCCUGGAGGAGAGGAGGAGUCUGACCAGGAGGAAAACGGAUGAGUACUUCCGUAUGAAGCUCCAGUGGAAGUCAGUGAGUGAGGAGCAGGAGAAACGCAACAGCAUGUUUAGAGACCACAGGAGUCUAAUAGAGAAAGACGUGAACAGGACAGAUCGGACCAACACUUUCUACGAAGGACAAGACAACCCCGGACUGAUCCUGCUGCACGAUGUCCUCAUGACCUACUGCAUGUAUGACUUUGACCUGGGCUAUGUCCAGGGUAUGAGUGACCUGCUGUCUCCGAUCCUCUAUGUGAUGGAGGACGAGGUGGACGCCUUCUGGUGCUUUGUCUCCUUCAUGGACCAGAUGCACCAGAACUUUGAGGAGCAGAUGCAGGGAAUGAAGACUCAACUGAUCCAGCUCAGCACUCUGCUACGACUACUGGACCUGUCCUUCUGGAACCACCUGGUGGCCCAGGACUCUGGUCACCUGUACUUCUGCUUCCGCUGGCUCCUGAUUCGCUUCAAGAGAGAACUGAGUUUCCCUGAUGUCCUGCGUCUUUGGGAGGUAAUGUGGACCGGGCUGCCAUGCCAGAACUUCCACCUGCUGGUGUGCUGUGCCAUCCUGGACUCAGAGAAACACCAGAUUAUGGAGAAACAAUAUGGCUUCAAUGAGAUCCUCAAGCUCAUAAAUGAACUGUCGAUGAAACUGGACAUCGUGGCCAUCCUCAACAAAGCUGAAGCUAUAUGCCUGCAGCUGAAGAGUUGUAAGGAUUUGCCCAACUCCGUGGUUGAGAUGCUUGGAUUCAACAGCACAGACACUGAGUCAUCAUCCCAGUCAGAGGACACUGAGAGAACGGACAGACCGGACUCUCCCGAACCUUCGACACCGUCAGACGACCAGCAGGACUUAGUCUCUGAGCACAACCCCGGCGGCAACAGCGGACACUUACGGGACGCGGCGCGUGACGUUUACAAAUUAGCCUACAUAUCGUAGCCAGCCUGGCUAACAGUCGUCUCUCGUCCAGUGAGAGAUUUGGUUCUGGUGGUUGAGACGAGGCUCACAGCCUAGUGGAAAAGGUGGAUUGCCUCUCUCCCACCUCACAGACCGAGGAGAGAUGGGAAACGGCUUCUCAGGGCAGUAUCUUUCUAAUAGAGCCCAAGAGGUAUUCAUUUAAAGGAAGUUUUUCAAAUCAUUUUUGUAAUGAUUCUCUGUCUGUUAAUCGUCUAAUUUUUCUUUUUCGAUGGUGGUCUUUGAGUUAAGAUAUUGUUCCUUAUUGCCCCUGACUAUAAGGUAUUUAGUGUUCAGCAGAUUGCUCCUUAUUGCCCCUGACUCCUAGGUAUUUAGUGUUCAGCAGAUUGCUCCUUAUUACCUUGUUAAUCUUGACUUGACUUGUUAGUCGCUCCUGAAUCGUGUGAAUAGUCAAACAUAAUGCUGAAGUAGUUGACAUUUAAAUAGAGGUGGAAGUGCUGAGGAAUGGAUAAGGUUUUAUAUAAACAGGGCUUAUUAUAUCUCACUGCAGUAUUCAGCUAAUAGGAGCCCUGCUGUAGGUGUAAUUCAAUUAGAACUAUUUAAUGAAGAUGUGGCUGUAUUAUCUCAAGGCAAGGCCCCUCUCCUCUACCAACUGAAAAUGCUUUUCUGCCCUGCAGCCUAUUGCCAUGGGUUUUACACAGUGUACAAAACAUUAAGAACACCUGGUCUUUACAUGACAUAGACUGACCAGGUGAAUCCAUGACAUAGACUGACCAGGUGAAUCCAGUUGAAAGAUAUGAUCCCUUAUUGAUGUCACUUGUUAAAUCCACUUCAGUCAGUGUAGAUGAAGGGGAGGAGACGGGUUAAAGAAGGAUUUUUAAGCCUUGAGACAUGGAUUGUGUGCCAUUCAGAGGGUGAAUAGUCAAGACCAAAUAUUUAAGUGCCUUUGAACAGGGGUAUGGUAGUAGGCGCCAGCCGCACCAGUUUAAGUGUGAAGAACUGCAACGCUGCUGGAUUUUUCAACAGUUUCCGUGUGUAUUACCAAUGGUCCACCAUCCAAAGGACAUUCAGUCAACUUGAGACAACUGUGGGGAACAUUGCAGUCAACAUGGACCACUAUCCCUGUGGAACGCUUUCGACACCUUGUAGAGUCCACGCCCCAACGAAUCGAGGCUGUUCUGAGUGCGAAUAUAAUCAAUGUUAAGAAAGUGUUCCUAAUGUUUUGUCCACUCAGUGGUUUUCUAUCCCGCUGCCUUUCCUGACAUGUGAUUUGGUAAGACUGAAAGAGACAUGAUUUAUUAUUUUUAAUUUUACCUUUAUUUAACUGGGCAAGUCAGUUAAGAACAAAUUCUUAUUUUCAAUGACGGCCUAGGAACAGUGGGUUAACUGCCUGUUCAGUUAACCAGUCCAACGCUCUAACCACUAGGCUACCCUGCCACCCCAUGUCAUUCUGUUUCUGAAUCCAUAUUGUUAAUCGCACUAGACUGUGUGGGUUUGCAUGGUGAUAAUGUAUAUACAAAUAGUUAGCUGUCUGUUCCUCUGGACUGGAGGGUUCCCAGAAGUUGCUUCAACAUACAUCCAACCUUACAGCAACGUUUUUUUUUUUUAACGAUGUUGAGUUCAUGCUUAGCCAACCAUGAGGCCUUUGUCAACAUAUACAGACAGACUUGCUUCCCAUGUACUCCUUUAUAUAAUCUGUUAGCUUCACUCGCCUCCCAAAACGUAGUGAAUUCUUGGUGUGUUUAACAUGGACACGUCUUACUUCUGUGGGGAAGAUUGGAAAGGAGUUGAUGUAGUCAUUGAUUAUGUUGGGGAAGAUUGUAAAGGAGUUGAUGUAGUCAUUGAUUAUGUUGGGGAAGAUUGUAAAGUUGAUGUAGUCAUUGAUUAUGUUGGGGAAGAUUGUAAAGGAGUUGAUGUAGUCAUUGAUUAUAUUGGGGAAGAUUGUAAAGGAGUUGAUGUAGUCAUUGAUUAUAUUGGGGAAGAUUGUAAAGGAGUUGAUGUCGUCAUUGAUUAUGUUGGGGAAGUUUGUAAAGGAGUUGAUGUCGUCAUUGAUUAUAUUGGGGAAGAUUGUAAAGGUGUUGAUGUAGUCAUUGAUUAUAUUGGGGAAGAUUGUAAAUGAGUUGAUGUCGUCAUUGAUUAUGUUAGGGAAGAUUGUAAAGGAGUUGAUGUAGUUAUUGAUUAUGUUGGGGAAGACUGUAAAGGAGUUGAUGUAGUCAUUGAUUAUGUUGGGGAAGACUGUAAAGGAGUUGAUGUAGUCAUUGAUUAUGUUGGGGAAGAUUGUAAAGGAGUUGAUGUCGUCAUUGAUUAUGUUAGGGAAGAUUGUAAAGGAGUUGCUGUAGUCAUUGAUUAUGUUGCAUGAUGAAAGUCUCUUCAAGUGAUUUAUCAGAAACAGCAAUGCUGGAAGACUGUUCGUACCUGAAUCUUUCUGUGUACAGAUUUGUCUAUUGCAGCAGUUUGUAAUGUAUUUAUAUUUGAUACCAUCUUUCACAACCAAUUAUGUUUUGAAAUCUUUUAAAGAAGCUGAAAUUCAUGACUCCUCUUUGUAUUGCUUAAUUUGGUAGGAGUAUCAGUGUCCCUCUCCCCUCUGUUCAGGUGUCUCUCCCAGUCCUGACAGCCGUCUAUGGGAGGAUCUCAAUGGCCUUUCCUUGAUUUCUAGCAUCCUCGCUUCCUUCUCAACACGCAUUGGAUGAAAUGGUCAGAUGGGGAGGGAACUCUUACCUUCUCAUCCAAUGGGUUUUCAGAAGGUGAGAAGAGAGGAUGCGAAGAAUCAAGGAAAAAAAGGUUCUCUCCAUGUCUCAACUGGCGUGGCCAGUCAGUUCACAGUUCCACAUAUCCUGUGUCUAGAAAUAUAACUAAAUGAACCAUAAUGUCCCAUAUAAUGUCUCUUAUUUUGUUCCCUAUUUUAUACUGACACACAUGGACAACUAUAUACCUUUUUUGUUUUGUUUUCCAAUACAAUGAAUGUCGCUCUUUCAAAGGCUUGAUGUAACAGUGAGACAACGGGACACUUUUUCAGGUUAGUUAUUCACCGAUGCGACAAUGAAUCUGUUGGCUCUCAGCUGAUGUGCUGUUCUCUCCGGUCUCUCUUGUUGUUGUGAGAGAUUUGGAGUCGUUCCUCGAAAUAGAGUCCGCUUCCCAAAUGGCACACUAUUUCCUACGAUGUGCACUACUUAGCCUAGGGCUCUGGUCAAAAGUAGUGCACUAUAUAGUGAAUAGGGUGCCAGUCAGUGUCUGAGAAUCAGCAUCUGAAUAGGACCGUCUGAAUGAAACGGUAUCGCUGGUCUGUUCAGAGCGUUUGUAGCAACAAAAAAAAUCAUAUCCUUGUCCCAUAGGAAAUGACCUCAGUUGCUAUGUCACUUUCUAGGCUACAGCCCUGAGGCCCCUAACUCUGCGUGGCUGUCCUCCUGUCACACAGAAAGGGGAGUAAAACCAAAAUACAAGGAUUCUGUUAGCCUCGACUUGAAGAAUAAAAUGGGAUCCGAUAUCAAAAACUUUUCUAGCAUAGACUUUGGAUAAAUAACCCAGAGAAAAUGAAGUUGUUCUUUGAGAUGAGAGCUUUAGGCGCUAUCGUGGUUUUGUAACAAACUACUUGUGAGUUAUGGAUGUAUGGUGCUGGUGAAUGGCGGCGCGUGUUUGAAAGCCUGCAAAUUGUUGGGGGAAAAAAUAGCACUUUACAAAAUAAAUAAAACUUCACACAUCUCGAGACCACCAGAUGGCUCAUAGCAAGUGGCAGUAUUAAUAUAGCUAAGACUGCCAGCUGUUGUAAGUCGUCUGAAACAACGCAUAGCUGAACACUGCAGCUCAAUCAGGUAAGAACACUGAAUAGCCACAUCCAGCAGCAGCUCACUUCGUUGACCAUCUCAUCUCCUCCCUCAAAUACACAGGCGUGGAGCAUGUUGCUCUACCAAGGAGAGGAGGUCACAUGGAGAUCCUACUUGCGACAGAGGGAGGCCUAUCGGAUAUCCUGUCUAAAAACAUGGACCCCUAGUGGUCUGAAUAUUGACUUAGAUCUCAGACCCUUUUUGUGAACAAGUAUUUUGAAAAAUCUGUUAAAUUCUUGCUACAGGUUAUCAUCGUACACCCAAUAUGUUCCCCCUGUUGAUGAUGCUUACUAUGCAUCAGGGCUGAACCAAAGGUUUAUUGGAAACUUAAACGAUGUAUGUUGAUGCUAAUAAUUCUGUACAACAUCUAAUUAUGUUUCCAUGUGAUAACAGUAGCCUAAUAUAUUCAAUAUGCUGUAAACUAUUGUUUUGUUUUUUAAACAGUUUCACUCAAUUCAUUCUAAUCAACCUAAUAGUGAUGACACGCCCCUCACUGUUGUCAUUGGUUGCUCUCAUAGUUAUGACACGCCCCUCACUGUUGUCAUUGGUUGCUCUAAUACUAAUGACAUGCCCCUCACUGUUGUCAUUGGUUGCUCUAAUACUAAUGACAUACCCCUCACUUGUCAUUGGUUGCUCUAAUACUAAUGACAUACCCCUCACUGUUUUCAUUGGUUGCUCUAAUACUAAUGACAUACCCCUCACUGUUUUCAUUGGUUGCUCUAAUACUAAUGACAUACCCCUCACUGUUUUCAUUGGUUGCUCUAAUACUAAUGACAUACCCCUCACUGUUGUCAUUGGUUGCUCUAAUUGCCUUGUUUGUCGACAACCUGGUUCCAGCAUUCAUGACAUCAUCCUGAAGAAGAAAAAGUGAUGCUGAAAUGUUGCUGUUUUCCCAAAUAAAUUACUGGGACUUAAUAUAUAUACAGCAGUAAAUACAUUCAUAAAAAAUCCUACAA